UUUCCCACAUUUCACAGGAAAAUGUUCUUGUUCAAACAUUCAGUGAUUCGUGCUGUAUCAGUCUCACAGCACAGCAGCAGCAGUUGGAUAUUUCUAUUAUCAUAAUGAUGACAUUUUUGCAUUUUUUCUUUAGAUCACUCACUCUUGCCCAGGAUGCUUCAAUUCUUCCACAGUGUCAUAUCCUUAGGGCAAAAGUGUAGUGCAUCACACACACUGAGAAAUGAGGAAAGUUUCUCUGGGAGUGGUGAGAAAUCCUAUAUAAUCAGCUUGCCUUGCCUUUGGAUUUACAGCAAGGUGAAGAGAGUGUCUUCUUCAAUAGCUGGGUUAAACAAGGUUUAAAUAGCAAUGGAGGCUCUGAGCACAGCAAAUGCUGGCUUUGCCAUUGAUUUUUUCAAGCACAUGUGCAAGGCUCAAAGCAACAAAAAUGUCCUAUUUUCUCCAUGGAGUAUUUCAUCUGUUGUGGCCAUGGUGUACCUUGGGGCCCAAGGCCGUACUGCACAGCAGAUAGCAGAGGUGCUUCAUUUUAACAAAGCAGAGGGAACUGAGACUACCCAUGCUGUGAGACACCAGCAAGGACAUUCCAAAAUGGAGGAGCUAUUGAAUAACCCCUGCAUCUAUAUUCAGAAGGCCCCUCUUGAAACAUCAAGCAACAUCCAUUCAACAUUCCAAGAACUUAGUCAAGAAAUCAACCAGCCUACAAAACAUUUUCUGCUUAGAAGUGUCAAUCAGCUAUAUGGAGACAGAUCAGUGCCUUUCCAAAAAGAAUUCACAGAAUCACUGAAGAAAUACUAUAAUACAGAGCCACAAACAGUAAACUUUCAAGGAGCUGCCGAAGAAGUCAGAAAAGAGAUCAAUUCCUGGGUUGAACACCAAACAGAAGGUAAAAUACAGAAUCUGCUGAACAAGGGAUCUAUAGAUUCACUUACCCAGCUGAUCUUGGUGAAUGCACUGUACUUCAAGGGAAAUUGGUCCAAGAUAUUUAAGAAAGAAGACACAACAGAACAGCCCUUCAGACUUAACAAGAGAACAAGUGAGCCAGUGAAGAUGAUGUUCCAGCAUGAUAAAUUUAAUUGGAACUACAUAAAAGAAGUGCAGACUCAGAUUCUUGAGCUCCAAUAUAUCAAUAAUGACUUCAGCAUGUUUAUACUCCUCCCUGAUGACAUCACUGAUGACAGCACUGGCCUAGAAAUGCUAGAAAAAGAAUUGACUUAUGAGGCCUUAUCCAAGUGGACUAGCCCAGAUGAAAUGGAAGAAGCUGAAGCAAAUGUGUAUCUUCCGAGGAUCCAGUUAGAAGAUCACUAUGAGCUAAAGUCAACUUUGACCAGCAUGGGGAUAACAGAUGCCUUCAGUAUAGGCAAAGCUGAUUUCACCGGAAUGUCUGAGGAAAACAAUCUGGUUCUUUCCCAAGUUUUUCAAAAGUGCUUUGCUGACAUCAACGAAGAGGGCACAGAGGCUGCUGCUUCAAGUGGUGCCAGUAUAGAUGGGCGAAGUGAUCAGGGUGCAAUUUUGUUUGCAGCGGACCACCCUUUCAUCUUCUUCAUCCGACAUAACAAAACCAAAAGCAUUCUGUUCUUAGGCAGAUUCUGCUGCCCUUAAAACAUUUCAGCUUCCUCUUAGCAAACAGGAAGGAUCUUGCAGCAGCAGGAAUGUACACAACAUUGCUAAAAGAUGUCUAAAUAUGGUGGGUUAGGUCUCCUCACUGUCCUGUGGGUUUGCAGAGUGUGCACAUGGCUACAGCAGAUAUGCUCAGCAAGCCAACUCACUGUUGGGGGAAAAACCCACAGAAACCUCCAAAACCAUGCAUGAGAUGGACUCUUUGUAAAUUGCACUAUUAGUAUACAUAUGAACUAGAGCAAUGGACUUGAUGUAAUCCUCGUCAGUUACUAAUUCACUGUAAAAUGUAAAAAGUAGUCCAUGGCAGUCAAGUAGUCCAGCACUACUGAAAUGUCUUUAUAAACAAAAGAUGUCUUAUAUAGCAUUCAAUCUAGUACCAUAAAUGUUGGGUUGUAAUUUA